AUGGGUGCAAUCCUCGCAGCAACGGAUCCAGUAGCAGUGGUGGCGAUUCUUGAAGAUAUUGGUGCUCCGCAACGUAUCAGAAUACUGGUGGAAGGGGAAUCACUGCUUAAUGAUGGCUUGGCUAUUUUCAUCUAUCAAAUUCUGCUCAAUUUUGUCCUUAAAGAAGUGAAUUUGCCAUCAUAUCCAUACACCUUAGUGCAUUAUGUGGCAAUGUGCAUAAGCUGUGUCGUUAUAUCGCCGGUACUGGGUUAUACAAGCGCUCAUCUGUCCAUAUUGAUCAUCCGCCACGGUAUCACCGAGGAGAAAAGGAUCCAGAUGUUUUUGGUGAUUUCGGUUUACUUCGUUUGGCAGUUGGGUGAGGUAACGCGAGGUUCGGCGGCAGUUGCGACCGUCUUUUACGGUGUUACAUUGAACUAUCUUAGAGAAAGAUUAAAUCCAAAAAGUGUGGAACUGACUUUACAAAUUUGGACAACAUUCGGCUACUGGGCCAAUUGCAUCGUAUUUAUGUUUAGCGGCUACGCUAUCGGCUUGCUACUCUUCAGUAAUCCCGUCGAGGUGCUUGCUUUGAUUCUUGAACGAAAUGCAUUCUACAGCUUCGUUAUCCAGCCAUGCAGCCAGCAGUUUUUAUGCGUUUUUGCCGUGCAGCACUAG